UUUGGGAGGGAAAAAGUUCGCUCCCCUGGCUUGUGAAGUGCCCAUAUUUAAAAAAAAACAGUUUAGGAAAUGAGCCAAAGUAGCAGACAGUCAUCUUGCAACACAUUUUGGCCACCUAGGGACAAACUAACCACUGGCGACGAUGUGCGCCCGAAUAGUAUGCCGACAGAAACAGAGGAAAAUGACUUUUUGACCAAGAACACCCGAGGAGGCCAGUCGGAUGUAUACGAUAUUUACGCACCGUGCGACACUGAGAAAGGUUGCCGUCAUCCAGCCCCUCGCAAGGAGGCGCACCGCGUGGGCGACACUCGUCUCGUCCCCGCCUCCGCCACCAUCUCGGAGACAGCCCGGGAGCUCUGCAAGGCCGUGUCCGUGUCUCUGGGACUACACUUGGACUCCACCGGCGACACGGAACGUGUCCCAAACGACCAAAUGUCCGCCGAGUGUUUAGUUACGCCAGACGCCUUCAAGUACAGGUGCUCUUUCGCUCAAGAGGAGCGCAAGCAGACGGCGUUGCCAUCAUGUCGGACCUCUUCGGACUUUAGUGACGCGUCUGACUUAACUUCUAAAGAGGUAGACCACAUGGGCACGCCGAGUACUCCACAGUGUACUUACACGCCGUCCACGCCGCUCCACAUGGAGCACCUUCACCGCGUAGUGGAGCGGCCGUGUCGAACCUACAAGCACCGGGAUGUCCCACCAGACUUUGGCGAGGACACGAGUGGGUACCAACUGGAGCCAUACGGCGUCAGUAUCAAGUCAGAGAAGGUGAAUGGCGAAGCCGGUGAGGGGCAGUGGGUCACUACCUCCACCGCUCAUGAAAGGUAUAACUCUCCAUUAUGGGGGACGAGGCAGUGCGUUUCUACGCCGCAGACGAGUGGAACGAGCACGGCCUUCAUUUGUGAUCCGUACGAAAGGAGCAGCGGGCGUCUGGAGCAGUGGUGCACCGAAGGAGGGAUGCUGAUGCCGCUUUACCCCAACCCCAGCCACAUCAAGGAGGCAUUGUGCCGCAUGCCUGGCAUGCUUCCUUUUUUGGACCACAGGUUUGAGACUGGCAGAGAGCACAUGUUCCCCAUGGAGUUCUUCUUCCCACCACAGAGGACAUGCCUGAUCUGCUCCGACGAGGCUUCUGGCUACCAUUACGGCGCACUCACCUGUGGUAGCUGCAAGGUUUUCUUCAAAAGGGCAGCAGAAGGCAUAGGCAAGCAGAAAUACUUUUGUGCCAGCAAGAACGACUGCACCAUUGAUAAACUAAGGAGAAAAAAUUGUCCAUCUUGUCGGCUGAAGAAGUGUUUUGAAGCUGGGAUGACUCUAGGAGCACGUAAACCAAAGAAGACUGGACAACCAAAAAACCCCAAAGAGGAUCGUCCUGUUCAGGAUUCACCUGAGGUUAUUCAAGAUAUCGCCCCGAAAUUGAACCUGAACUUUAACUCCCACUUCCUUAAUAUUCUGGAGUCCAUUGAGCCUGAGGUGGUGAACGCGGGCCACGAUUACGGCCAGUCAGACUCAGCGGACACUCUGCUCACCAGCCUCAACGAGCUUGGAGAGAGACAACUGGUCCAUGUGGUCAAGUGGGCUAAACGACUACCAGGUUUUAGGAAUCUCCAUGUGGAUGACCAAAUGACUGUCAUCCAACAUUCAUGGAUGGGCGUGAUGGUGUCCGCCUUGGCUUGGCGAUCGUAUAAGACGGUCAACAGCAGGAUGCUGUACUUCGCGCCCGAUCUCGUCUUCAACGAGCAUCGGAUGCACAUCUCCACCAUGUACGAGCACUGCAUUCGCAUGAAGCAGCUGUCGCAGGAGUUUGAGUCAAUGCAGAUAACGCAGGAGGAGUUCCUCUGCAUGAAGGCCCUGCUCCUCUUCAGCAUUCUUCCCGUGGAGGGUCUGAAGAGCCAGAAGUGCUUUGACGAGCUGCGCAUCACCUACAUCAACGAACUCAGCCGUGUGGUGAAUUAUCGUAUUACAGCCAAUUGUUCUCAGAGGUUCUACCAACUCACCCGACUGCUGGACUCCCUCCAGAUGACCAUAAAGAAGCUGCAUCAGUUCACGUUCGACUUGUUUGUCCAAGCUCAGUCGUUCCACAGCAAGGUGAGCUUCCCAGAGAUGAUUGGAGAGAUCGUCUCAGUGCACGUACCAAAGAUGCUGGCAGGUUUGGCCAAACCCAUCAUGUUUCACGAGUAAAACGACUCCUUUCUUUUUUUUUGUUGUUUUUUGUUCCAUCAACAAUUCUUUGUACGGUUUUCCCACAUUGUUUAGUUCCCAGCCUCAAUUGUGAUAUCUCCUUUUUUGAGUUUUAAUAAUAAUUGACAUAAUUGACUUUUUUUUUCACAACUGCCCAAGUUCGUCCUUUUUUCUUUGUCUUCUCACCCUGAGCUGAAAUUCUUCUGUGAAAGCACACACACACACACACACACACACACACAAUCUGUAAAUCAUCAUCGCACCUACCUGCAGUUGGAAAACAUGUUUUCACGCUCACCAGACACUUUAUCAAGUACACCCGUUCAAUUUAAAGAGCGGAAUAAAAUAUCUCAGUAAGCUACAGUGGAAUUCUACCCCACUCAAACUGCAGCCACAAAAAUACAUGUAAUGUUAAUUAAUAAGAGCAUUAUUAGAAUACUGAUACAGCUCUUAUAUUGGUCCUACAUGUACCUAAAGAAGUGUCUGGUAAGGGUACACCCAGCAUUUGGUGUCUUUGCAAAUGCAAAUGAGAUGCUUUUUCCCCCACAAAGAAAAGUGCUUGUAUUGCUUGCCAAACCAAGUCGUCACCUGUCAAGUGAUGUUAGAUGUGCCUUGUCACGAACGUCAGGAUUCUUUUUUUUAGAAGCUUACGUCACUGAGCAGUGAAAGGUGCGCUCAUUUGAUGCCUUAAUGUAAAGAUUUAGUUCAGAUUUUUUAAAUUGAUCUUGAAACCCCCAACUCUAAUUCCACGAACCCUAACAGGACACGGCAAAGGACAGAGACGAAUACCUUUUCCAAGUCUAUAUGGACUGGAUAGGAAAAUCGCCAGGCACCCUCCGGUAGCCUUGCAAGGGUGGAAAACUGGUCCAGUGUUCGACGUACUAGUCGUACUCUUCUCUCCAGCACUCUGGAAUAGACUUUCCCAGGAGGCUGAGGAGUGUGAUCCCCCCGUAGUUACAAUGCUUUUUUCAUGAGGCCCAGCAUUGUGGGCAGCGCCCUUGGAUGGUAUCAUGACUCACACUUGUCAGCAUCAUUUAGUUGUACCAAGUAGUUUAGCUUGUGUGUUCACACUUUGUCACUUUUGUACGUCUGAUAAUGAAAAUGCUGUUUAAGAUGAUGCAGGUGCUUUUGAAUUUUAAUUAACCAAUUUAUUAGGUACACCUGCACAAAUGAAUGUAACACAAGAAAUUAAGCACAGAGAUGUUGCAUUCAUCAAGAUAACAAUGCUGCAAACUACAACCACAAUAAUAAACAUUGUUUUGAUACCUACAGUACUUAAUAUAGCAUUAUUAUCUUUGUAAAGGCAGCUCUUGCACCGGAAUUCAUUCUGCAUUAAAUAUCAAGUUCCCAUCCAAUUUGAAUGGAUGUAAAAACACAAGAAUACAUUGUACUCACCACCUUCUGGGGGCUGUGCUGUAAGGAAGACACCAACUUCUUUGAGAGAACAUGAUCGUCGUUGCCAGAUCUCAUAUUAGACGAGGGUAGAAACGUUCCAGCAGGACAACAAAUAGAAAAAAAUGAUGGCCAACUCUGAUGUGGAAGCAUGUCAGAAGACAGCAUGAUGGAUGACAAAACGCCUGAGCUGGUGGUGCCAAGGAAGAAUCUGUGCUAUGUAGUCCACAUAACAAAUCAGCAAGUCAGAAUUUAGCCAACAGUGGAACCUCCAAAUUUGACAAGCCUAGAAGUUGUACAAUUUGUAAUACAACUGAACUGGUCUGGAAAAAGAAACAGAAAAACUUGUGAUGUCAUGCAAGACUUAAGCCCCGUGAGCAGGGAAAUGAUUUACCUUCACAAUAGUGUAUUUUGCAUUUUCUAUAGGAUUUGUUUAAUGCCACCACAGAAGCCACCACCAGUGAUGGCAAAGAGGAAAAUGUGAUAACCAUAGAACAGGAAUUGGACAUGGGAAAGGUGUGUCUGGGCUGCUCAGUACAAUAUGGCUAACUCAACCGCUGUUCAACAAUGACAGUCAGAAUGGAACAUACUUAAACAUGAAAUGAGCAGAGUGGACUGUGAACAUGCUAUAGUAAUUCCGACAGUCAAAUCUCGGUUUUCGUUCACCCCAAUUGUUGUUGAACUUUUUCACCAAAAUUUCGCCUCAGUUUUUCGUACACCGUCUAAAUUUUUGGUACAGUAACAAACUAGUCCUUUUGACCUGCAUUGUAUCAUUAUGUGAAAUUGAGUGCCCAAACAAAGCCCCCUACGCGUUGCUGACUCAUCGUCUGUGCAAUUUAUUGAUUGAUUGUGGCUUCUAAACAACCCACCAUGGGGCCAAAGAAAGUAACAAGUGCCAGCAAUUUGAUAAAGACGGUGAGAAACAAUAAGUUCCAUUUCACCUGGAUGUACGGUAAGUCUGCAUCAACGAUAAGUUCCAUCAGAUGGCCAUUUAUAAUUAUCUUGCAUUUUCUACAUGUAAACCCAUAAUUGUCUAUAAAAUGUAUUUUUUGUUCAUAUUUCAGUGUGUCUGGAACUAUCCUGUGGGAAAAAAAUAACCUUGUUUAUCGUAGGUUUCGUUUUUCAUCAAACAUUUUGGAAGGGAUUAAUAACGAAAACUGAGCAACCACCGCAUAUCAUUUGGUCCCGCGCUCUUCAUGGAAAUACAGAAGCUGCAGACUGUCACACAUGCAUGACAGUUGCACAGCUAAUGAAGGUUUUAUGAUGCUGACAGUUUUGACCCUGGGGCAGAUUAUUUGAAUUGCAAUUGAUUCUUGUGAAAAAAAAUUGUAGACAAGUGUCACUGAAGGAUUGUGUUCAACUUUGGAGGUUCCAUUGUGUUCAUUCAGUAUCUAGCUGACUUUUUUUACACUGCACAUUUACUUAGAGACUUAUGACAAAAACAGAUCCACCUCUGCCUUCUGGCUAAUUUGCUAACGCUAACUGUGUGCAUUCAAUGUAAAAACUGACAUACAAAACCUGUGCCAAUUACCAUGAACGUGCAUUUCACAGCUUAUUUACCUUCCAUACACACACACACACACACACACACACACAUACUCCUAAUUAACUUGGUGUGCUCAUAUGACAAUAUGAUUUUUUUUUUUACAACUUUACAUUUCCUUUGAAAGUUUGCCGGCUCCACGUGUUGUGUGGUCCCUGCUUUUAGCUUUAUUAAAGUGCACAGUUAGCAGCUAUUUCAUGAUGUCUAGUGCAGUGGUUUUCAACUGGUUUGGCUGCGGGACCCCCCAUCAUCCCUCAAUGACAAGCGGCGACCCAAUUGAUUUUUACAACUCAAACUUGUUAAGUAUACAAGAUAUUUGAUAUUGAAAGAGACUGUUUGCAACAGACAAGAACAUGAAGCGCAUUCACGGACUUGGGGUCAUUACUGUAGAGAGCCACCAGUUGGGAAGUGGUCUAGUGCAUUGUUUUUUGUGCUUCAGUCCACCUGCACAGAUGAAUGUUUCCAAUGUGUUUUGAUACAAUAUGCGAAAAAGCAACAAGCUUUGACAUUGGUUGUACAUACUGGUUCCUGAUGACUAUGCUGUGAUGUUGACCUAGCCAGCGUCAUUUUUAAUUACCUAUUUUUGUGUAACACUUGAUUGUUUAGCUGUUAAUAAUGCAUUUCACAGGGCAAAUGAAACAUGUUUACAUGUAUGGUGUGCACAGAACACACCGUAAGUGUGGCCCACCACGUUUGUAUAUCUGGUAUGUACUGCAUAUGAAACUGUAGUUGGUUUUGCUGUUCUUUUAAUGGUCAGUUGUUUGGUUUAUGGCAUUUCUGAACUGUGUUUUUUAACUGUUGUUUUUCAAAAGCGUAAAAAGACAAUUAAAACCGUCCUGACAGAAUAUUUCUUAUGCAGGUUUCAUUUACAGAGUUGAGGUUUAAUUUUACUUCUAAAACUCUGUUAUGUAGCUUUCCAAAGUAAUUUCCAGUAGUGCAAACGAAGUGAGCAACAGGGCAGAGAGAACUCGUCUGGCACUGGAGGCAGGAAUGCGGUGGGAGGAGCGAAUGGGAAAAUAAAUACAAUGUCUUGAGUACAAACAUUCUUAUAAACAAUACGUGGUUAAAACAGAAGGAACACA